UGUAAAUGAAUAAAAACAACCGCGUUAUAAACUUCACGGCACAUGUUCCAUUGGGAAAAAAAAACUAGUGUAAUUGGUGAAGGUAAAAAUGGGUGUUGCAAACUCUACAGUAGGUGCUACAACAGUGAAUACGCCCGUGCAUCCUGAAAUUCCUGAUCACAAUAAAGUAAAGGAAUAUUUGGCAAAAUCAGAUUCUCCACCUUCCGAAUGUCCGUAUAAACACAAUCAGGAAAAUAAAAAUAAGCCAAAGGAUGGUUGCCCUAUGCAAAGAGAUGAUGAUGUAAAUCCAUAUAAUAUGAUGCCACCAAUGAAUCAAAAUCCAGCACCUGAUCAACCAUUUCCUUUACCUAAAGAUCGUCAGGUAUCAUCUAUACCAAAAGCAGGAACUGAAGAUGAAAAAUGGGUCUAUCCUUCUGCUCAAAUGUUUUGGAACGCCAUGUUACGUAAAGGUUGGAGAUGGAAAGAAUCGGAUAUAGAUCCUAAUGAUAUGGAGCAUAUAAUAAGGAUUCAUAAUGUGAACAAUGAAGUUGCAUGGCAGGAAGUUUUAAAAUGGGAGGCACUACAUGCUGAUGAAUGUGGCAAUCCAAAGUUAUUGAAAUUCGGUGGUAAAGCUACACAAUAUUCACCCAGGGCUAGAAUACGCAACUUACUUGGCUAUGAGCUUCCAUUUGAUCGUCAUGAUUGGAUUGUGGACAGAUGUGGGAAACAAGUCCGUUACAUCAUAGAUUAUUAUGAUGGUGGGCAAGUAAAUGUAGAAAGUGGUAAAUUUGCAAUUCUUGAUGUACGACCAGCUCUGGAUUCCUUUGAAGCUGUUUGGGAUCGAACUAAAGUGAUGUUUUGGAGGUGGACAUCCAAAGAGUCCGAAUCUUGAUGUGGACAAGGUUUCUUUGCUAAGAAAUUAUUUAUUUUUAUUGUUAUGUAGUUGUAGAAAACUGAGUAAAUGUUGAGCAUUUUUCAUAUAGUUUUUUCUUUUUCAUUUUAUCUUCAGACUAUCCUUAAUUUUUCUAGUAUUUUAGCUUGAACAGUUUAAUGUGUAAACUGUUUUACUGUUAAAUUCAGUUUAAUCAUUAAUUACUUAUUUUCCUUCAAGAAUUAGCAUAUUUUUAGAUACUCUUGAUUGUAGCAAAUCUACAAUGUGUAUAUACUGUAUAUUGACUAUUUGGUGUACCUGAUAAUGUAUAAUAAAGUCAAAGUGCUGGGUGGAAA